AUGUCAUCAAGAUACUAUCAGGUUGCGCAGGACGCCAUGGAUUCCGGACCAAGAGGACACGAAGAGGGACGUGAGGCAGCUGAUGAUGGCACACUCAUCAUUCGUGGUGAAAAAGUUCCAUCACGGAAUGUUGGAGGCGUUGGAUUUGUCGUACACCUAUCUAUUGUCCAUCUUGUCGAUUCGCAUGAGAUCAUCUCACCUCGCCUGGCUAUCCUUCGACUCCGUCCUCUGCAUCAAAAAGCCUUCACUAUCAUCAACUGCUAUUCUCCAACAUCAGCAGCUGAUGAUCCGAAACUUAAUGCUUUUCAUGAAAAUCUGGAGGAAGUCAUCCGCAAAGAGAAGUCUUUCUACAGAUUUACUCGUGGGUGA